AUGACUACUCAAUAUAAAUUUCAUCCAAAUAAGAAAGCUACAAUUAUUACUGCCCCAUUUUCUGGAGGUCAACCAAAAGGAGGUGUAGAAUUAGGUCCCGAUUAUAUUCUUAAAGCCGGUUUCGAAAAACAAAUCAGUUCAUUAGGUUGGGAAACCUCCAUUGUUGAACCAUUAUCAAAUACAGAUUAUGAAGAUCAUAAAACUGAUGAUCGUGAUGAUUUUGGAAUCAAAAAUACAAAAAUUGUUAGUGAAUGUUGUGAAAAACUUCAUGAUGCUGUUAAAAACGCGUUAGAUAAUGGUUCAUUCCCAAUUACUAUUGGUGGUGAUCAUUCUAUUGGGAUGGCUACUUGUAGUGCAGCACUUAGACAUAAUCCUGAUACUUGUAUUGUUUGGGUUGAUGCUCAUGCUGAUAUCAACACCCCCAAGACAACUGAUUCUGGGAAUUUACAUGGAUGUCCAUUGAGUUUUAUUAUGGGUAUUGAUAAAGAAUCAUAUCCACCUGAAUUUGAUUGGGUACCACAAGUUUUGGACCCCAAAAAAUUGGUUUAUAUUGGAUUAAGAGAUGUUGAUGAAGGUGAAAAGAAGAUUUUAAAACAAUAUGGUAUUCCUGCAUUUUCAAUGUAUCAUGUUGAUAAAUAUGGUAUUGGGAAAGUUGUUGAAAUGGCUUUAGAUAAAGUAAAUCCAAAUAGAGAAUUCCCAAUUCAUUUAUCAUAUGAUGUUGAUGCUAUUGAUCCUUCAUUUGUUCCUGCUACUGGUACUAGAGUAGAAGGGGGGCUUUCUUUAAGAGAAGGUUUAUUUGUAGCUGAAGAAUUGGCUGAAAGUGGAUUAUUAAGUUCAAUGGAUAUUGUUGAAACUAAUCCAAUGUUGGCUGAAACUGAAGAAAAUGUAUUGGAUACUGUUAGUGCUGCAUGUGCUAUUGGAAGAUGUGCUAUGGGUCAAACUUUAUUGUGA